AUGACCAACUCAUCCUUCUGCCUUCACUCAGACAACAUGAAAUUCUUCACAACUGUGGGCGUGGUGCUGCUGGUGUGUCAAGGGCAUGCCCAGUACUCUUAUGGAGGCGGAGGUGGCGGGUCCCUUGGUGGCGGGAUUGUCGCGUCUUCUGGAGGAGGAGGAGGAGGAGGAGGUGGAUCCUACGGCGGUAGCCAAGGCGGCUUCACCAGCGGUGGUGGUGGUGGUGGUAGUGGUGGUGGUGGUGGUCAUUUUGGAGGAGGGGGCUCAGGAGGUCCCCAGAGAAGCUAUGCAGCCCCUACUGGAGGUAAUGGAAGAAGUUCAGCGACCUCCUUCGUGCACUUCCAGCUUGGUCAUCCUGUAGGUUCUACAGGAGGAGGUUCUGGACGCUAUGGAUCAGGUUCUUCCUUCGGUGGAGGUGCUGGAGGUUCCUUCGGUGGAGGUGCUGGCGGUUCCUUCGGUGGAGGUGCUGGCGGUUCAUCUGGAGGUUACGGAUCUGGUUCUUCCUUCGGUGGAGGUGCUGGAGGUUCCUUCGGUGGAGGUGCCGGCGGUUCAUCUGGAGGCUACGGUUCUGGUUCUUCCUUCGGUGGAGGUGCUGGAGGUUCCUUCGGUGGAGGUGCCGGUGGUUCAUCUGGAGGCUACGGAUCUGGUUCUUCCUUCGGUGGAGGUGCUGGAGGUUCCUUCGGUGGAGGUGCUGGCGGUUCAUCUGGAGGCUAUGGGUCAGGUUCUUCCUUCGGCGGGUGCUGGAGUUCCUUCGGUGGAGUGCCGGCGGUUCAUCUGGAGGCUAUGGGUCAGGUUCUUCCUUCGGGAGGUGCUGGAGGUUCCUUCGGUGGAAGUUCCUUCGGUGGAGGUGCCGGCGGUUCAUCUGGAGGUUACGGAUCAGGUUCUUCCUUCGGUGGAGGUGCUGGAGGUUCCUUCGGUGGAGGUGCCGGCGGUUCAUCUGGAGGUUACGGAUCUGGUUCUUCCUUCGGCGGAAGUUCCUUCGGUGGAGGUGCCGGCGGUUCAUCUGGAGGUUACGGAUCAGGUUCUUCCUUCGGUGGAGGUGCUGGAGGUUCCUUCGGUGGCUCUGGCAGUUCCCACAGCGGAGGUUUUGGUGGUUCAAGCGGAGGCUACGCUUAGUGCAAUUGAAAACAUUUUAAUUCUCAAGUAUUUUUACCACUGGAUAUAUUUAUUACUGCUAUGUACUGUCCGUCCAUGUCCCAAAGAUAACGAUAAAACUUUCUUAACUCUUAUGCGUUGUUGGUGAUGAAACGAGACACACCAAUAAGCCUUAACUACAAACUCUUCUGAUUUUACUAACUGAUCGUAAUAAUUAAGACCAGUUGUCACUUGUGUAUAUUCAUUUCCAUACAGCGUCAGGAAUGUUUAUGUUGUAUUGUUAGACUAUAGCGCCACUUCCAUGUCUUGUUUUCUCAAAUACAUAAAGAUUGCAUUAUGAA